AUGCCCAAUCCGUCACCGACGGAUGCGGGAAGCGCAAUAGGGAGCAGGGGAACAACCACCAAAAGAAGAAAAACACCCGAGCGCACCCCGUCACAAAAUCCUGCCACCGGAAAUGCAACCGGUGGCGCAGUGCCAAAGCAGCGGGUGCACCAGUACUUCAAGCAGUUAUACUGCGACCAGGGCCGACUGGAUAGCGCCAAAGCGGAGGAGGAACACGUUGAACCCUCGACGCCGAAAGAUGUUGCGCGCCUCACGGAUCCCUUCGCGGAACGAAAGACUAGGGUCGACCAGGAAAAACUUAGUUUAGCACAGAAGAGGUUCCUGUGGGACAAGGGGUGUUAUGAGCAUAACUUUAUCUUGCAGGAGAUCCUGACUGAUGCGCAGAGGAACCGCAGACAGGCGGUUGUCGUGUGGCUGGACCUUUCCAACGCGUUUGGCUCGGUCCCGCAUGCGACGAUCCGCUGCGCUUUCGUCCGAGCUGGCGAGCCGCGGAAAGUCAUAGAAAUAUGGCGAUCCAUGUACGACAAUUGCACGACUCGGGUUCGCACCGUCGAGGGCUACACCGCGUCCAACACCGCGCUAUCAACAUUCGCUUGGGAGUAA